GCUUUCUAUCCCUCUGUGUCUACCCCACUUGCCAAAUAAGUUUUGCUCUCGUACAGUCGUGAGGUGUUAAAACCAAAGUCCCUUGGGCCGAAAAAGUUUCUGCUACUUUCCAAGUUCUGCGAAGAUUAACAGACCCGCGAACUCAAAGCUCCAAUCUUUCAGAAAAGAAGAAAGGAAGAAAUGCUCUCGAAAAUCUCAGUUACCCACUUGAAAGCAUCACCCUCUGCAUCGACUUCUGGAUUUUCAUGGCAUGGGAAUCAGCGUAGGUUUGGAUAUUGUGCAAGGAAUUCUUCACAGUUUAAUAAGCCUCGGUUCAAGAUUGUGGGGCAGUCUUUGGGAGAUAGAUGGAAGCUAAACGAAAUUGAUGCAAAUGCAGUGCAAGAAAAGUUGAACUCAUGGCUACUGAAGACUCAAAACUUUUUAAAUGAAGUGACUUCUCCACUGGUAAGAACUGGUCAGACUAGAAAGCCUGUCACCAGAGAUGCUUUGGAGACGCAGGAUAUGGAGGACAUAUUUAUGGCUGAACAGACUAUUAAUAACAGAACACCAAAUGGAGUUCUCUCUUUAGCUGCUAUUAUAUCUAUUGAGCAAUUUAGCAGGAUGAAUGGAUUGACUGGGCAGAAAAUGCAGAGAAUAUUUAAAGCACUGGUUUCUGAGUCUACAUAUAAUGAUGCCCGCAAUUUGGUUGAGUAUUGCUGCUUUAGGUUUUUGUCAAGAGAUAAUUCUGAUAUUCAUCCUUCCCUCAAGGAACCUGCGUUCCAAAGACUGAUAUUUAUAACAAUGCUUGCUUGGGAGAAUCCAUAUCGAGAAGAUCUUGCUAAUGGUUCAGAGAAAGCUUCCUUUCAGAGCAAGCUUGUGAGAGAAGAGGCUUUUGUUCGUGUGGCUCCUGCUAUUUCUGGUAUGGCUGAUAGGUCAACAGCACAUAACCUAUUUAAGGCUCUUGCUGGUGAUGAACAGGGCAUCUCUUUGAGCUUGUGGUUGACUUAUGUUGAUGAACUUAUGAAGGUUCAUGAAGGUAGAAAAUCAUAUCAGACUCGACAAAGUCCUGACCUUUCUGAGGAGAGAAUUUUAUGCAUUGGAUCUAGUAGGAAGCGGCCUGUCCUAAAAUGGGAGAACAAUAUGGCAUGGCCGGGAAAAGUUACUUUAACUGAUAAAGCAAUUUAUUUUGAGGCAGUUGGCAUAUCUGGGCAAAAGGAUUCUAUAAGAUUGGAUCUUACUAAACAUGGAUUACGGGUUGAGAAAGCAAAAGUUGGACCUUUUGGUUCUGAUCUAUUCGACUCUGCGGUCUCUAUAUCAUAUGGUCCCGAAUCAGAAGCAUGGGUGCUUGAGUUUGUUGACUUGGGUGGAGAAAUGAGGCGAGAUGUGUGGCAUGCUUUUAUUAGUGAAAUUAUUGCUUUACACAAGUUUAUCCGUGACUAUGGACCGGAGGAAGUUGAUGAAUCAAUAUCUCAUGUUUAUGGUGCUCACAAAGGGAAGGAAAGAGCUAUGACCAGUGCCAUUAAUAGUAUAGCUAGACUACAGGCUCUUCAAUUUAUGAGGAAGUUACUAGAUGAUCCCACCAAACUCGUUCAGUUUACAUAUUUACAGUAUGCACCCUAUGGUGAUAUUGUUUCUCAGACUCUAGCAGUGAACUAUUGGGGUGGGCCACUUAUAUCAAAGUUUCUAGAGGUGGACAACCCACCAGCUCAAGGAGCAAGGGCAUCUAAUGAAAUGAUUGAGAGCAGUAAUCAUGUGUUUGAUAUAGAUGGCAGUGUUUACUUGCAAAAAUGGAAAAGAUCUCCAUGUUGGGCUUCAAGUGCUUCUGCUAGCUUUUGGAAGAGUACUUCAACAAGACAGGGGCUAGUAUUAAGUAAAAAUCUUGUCGUUGCUGAUGCGGCUCUUGUAGAAAGGGCAACAAGAACAUGCAAACAAAAAUGGCAGGCAGCUGAAACCACUCAAGCCACAAUUGAUGCUGCAACCCUUAAGGGAAUACCCAGUAACAUAGAUCUAUUCAAGGAACUUCUGCUUCCUCUGACAAUAACUGCAACAAAUUUUGAAAAACUUAGGCGCUGGGAGGAGCCGCACUUGACUGUUUCUUUUCUUGCAUUUGCGUAUACAGUCAUUUUCAGGAAUUUACUCUCAUAUGCAUUCCCAAUAGCAUUGAUGAUUUUGGCAGCUGUAAUGCUGACACUGAAGGGGCUAAAGGAGCAAGGUCGCCUUGGACGAUCAUUUGGAAAAGUUACUAUCCGUGAUCAGCCUCCUUCAAAUACCAUUGAAAAAAUUAUAGCCGUAAAAGAUGGCAUGCGUGAUGUGGAAAGUUAUUUACAGAAUCUGAAUGUCACUCUUCUGAAAAUACAUACAAUUAUCCUUUCUGGCCAGCCUCAGAUAACCACUGAGGUUGCACUGGUGUUGUUAUCUUCUGCAACGAUUCUCCUCAUAUUCCCAUUCAAAUAUGUUCUUGCCUUUCUUAUCUUCGAUCUGUUCACACGGGAGCUUGAGUUCAGGAGGGAAAUGGUUACAAGGUUUAUGAAUUUUUUGAAGGAGCGCUGGGACACAGUGCCUGCUGCCCCUGUAGUUGUAUUACCUUUUGGAAGUGAUGAGCCCAUACCAGAACCUGUUAGAAAGGAAAACAAGGACGCAUCAAAGUCAGAAAGAAGUCAUAGCAGCAGCAGUUCUGUUUAGAUUCUUAUUGGCAUAUAUGUGGCAGUUUCAUAGGUUGAAAUUCAGUAAUACCUCAGUUAUGGAGAAAGAAAACAUGACCAAAAUGUUCUGAUUCCAUUAUUUGUACAGAAAUUGGAAACACAUUUAGUGUCAAUGUAAUCCUUCUUCAUUUAACUGGAUUGUUUGAUUUGAUUACUUAAUGGCUCUGACUAAAUCAAUCCAGAACCUAUUCAAGAAAGAAACAAGAGAGAGUGCACUGGGGAGGAUUUAGGUUGUUUGCUCCAGUAGAUACAGGUUAAGAGAACUGUCAGAUUCUAGCUUGUUUG